CUCCGCCGCAGUCUCAUUCCCCAGCGAGCGAGCGAGGGUUGCAAAGUUCGCGAAGAUCAUAGAUUCAUCGUCGAGAAGCAACAAACUGUUGUCGCAGAUUCAAGUGUGAGAUUCAAAUGUGAGCUCUUUUCCAUUACCAAGGGUCGAUCCCACACCCGAGGUCCAAUUUGCGCCAUGGCUGGCUGGCUUUCCUCGCGUCUCAAAGCCGCUGAGCAACUCCUCCAGCAGAUUGACCAACAAGCAGCAAUAACAAAGGAACAACUUCAAAAUUCUGAUAAGGAUCUCACCAGCUUUCUUAGUCCAGAAGUAUUGAGAGUCGGUCGUCGUGCAAACAACGACCAACAGGAUGCAAAUUCUUCAAGACCUGAGACCUUGAAUCUACCUUCCCAUGCAGGAAAUGGGAAGUACCGACCCUCCAUACGUAAUCAGCCACCUAUUGGAACAAGGAAUAGUGAGGAUGUUCCUCGGCCAUCAAAGCAGGAUGACUUUGGCAAGCACGAUUGGACAGAGCUGUUGGGAUCCAAUGACCUCUCCCCAGCUCUUCCCGCAUCAAAAUCUUCUAGUAGCGUGGGUAGCACCGACUUUGGGGGCUCUCAAAGUGCUUCCAGGGGCGGGUCGCAACGAGCUUUUCACACAGCGGGAAAAUUGUUCGCAAAUUCGUAUCAGGCUAAUGAAUCCACGCCAAUUUCUGAUAUGAGCCUUGGUGGGGCAGGGCCCUCUAAGCCUUCUUCUGUGCAAACUUCUCGGACUAAAGGCCCGAGUAAAUUUGUAACGGAAGCCAGAGCUUCAGAUGUGCACCGAAAUGCAAACAAUCACCAGGAGGAAGAUAAUGUACCUUGGAGACUUGAAUACAGUGCACAGUUCGUUGAAGGGACUGUUGAAAAUGACCCGAAUGAAUUACUUAAGGAUACGUUCUCUCAUACUAGUAAGGCGGACAUUGUCGUAGAUCCAUUUGUUCAGCCCACUUACGAAGAUGGAGAAUUUACUGAAUUAGAACUUUCUAUGCCCGAAGAUGCAAAGAAUUCCAAGGAGACAAUCCUGGAAGAAAGUGGAAGAGACAAUGUUGUUGAGAUCGUCCCUGACUCAAUUUUGAUCUCGCCACGACAAUCUCCAGUCCUUGUUGACGAGAUUAAGAGUGGGGAUCAUUCAACUCUAAUAAACAGUGAUGAUGUCCCUCCCACUGAUGAGAAAGAAAAUCACGGAGUCGGAAUUGAGGCUGGAAAUAACAUUCGCCAGAGCGGCGGUGACCAGGAGCAUCCUCUUGACAAACGCGGCAACGAUGAGGAAAUCAAAGUUCCGAUAUAUGUUGAUCAGAACGUUCAAGAUGUUGACGAAGCAAGUGGUGAAAGUUCAGGCGAUUCUAGUUUAUCUGGAAGUGAAGAGCAGAGUCGAAGCGGAAGUGGUAGUGAAUCAGAUUCAGAAUAUGAAGAGAGAGUGAGACGCAGGAGAGAGAGGAGAAAGGAACUAGCAGAGCGGCGUGCUGCAAAGGCGGCUGCUGCUGAGGCUGCUAGGGCAGCUAUAAGACACCGUGAGGAGUUGGUUGCCCAGUUGGAGCAGGAAAAGGAGGAUUUAGAAAAACUUCUUGCUGAGUGGGAAGAACGUCAGGUCAAAGAGGCAGAGGAGCUCAACCUUACCAUGAAGGAGGUAUCUGAAGCAGUGGAGGUUGAAAGACAACGUCAUGCAGUUACACGUCGUGAAGGACUUGCUCGAGAAGCUCAACUUGAGGCCAAGAACCAGGAGUUGGCAAAAGCCCUUGCUGCUGCAGAAAGGAAUCUGGAAGAUGAGAGUGCAAGAGUGGCAUUGGCACGUAGCAAGGUGGAAGCCAGGGAGAUCGUACAAUCUGAUCUGCAGCGGAAGAUCUUACUUCUUGAAUAUCGACUUUCACCCCCCUCUCAAUCCCAGGAACUACAUGAUACCAAAAUUGAACGUGAAGUAGCUGAAGAGCAUUAUGCAACGCUAACUGCCAGACUUGAGCAGUACCAAAAUAAGGCUAAGCAGCUUGAAGAAAAAAUCUUCAUAGCAAGAGAUGCACAUUACACACCUUCUGUCAUGGAACUGGAGCUGGAGACACGACUAAAUCAGCUCACGGACCACCUUAUUCAGAAGCAGUCUCAGGUAGAAGCUUUAUCUACUGAGAAAGCCACCCUUCAUUUCAGACUUGAGGCUAUCUCAAAUACCUUGAGAAUGGAAAAAUCAGCGACACAAUCAAGAGCAUCAAAGCGCAGCAAAGGUGCCAACGUCGCAACAGAUUGGUCCUCAUGUGAUGAUGACCUCGAGUAUGGAUUAAGCAAACCUUACAGCUCCAAGGAUAAAUACUCUUUUAUGGGUACAGAUCCGGACAUGAUUCUCAACCAGCCACCGGGGUCCCAUCCAUGGAUGCAUUUAGCACGACAGGUGGACUCUGUCUUCCUAGGGGGCGCCAGAAUUCUGCGAACCAGUGGUUCUGCUCGCGCUCUUGCUUUGCUUUACAUUUUCCUUCUGCAUUCUUGGUUCCUCUUCAUUCUUUUCAUGCACACGCGAUCUGGUGGCUCUGGAGCAACAUCCGAGACUAGUGUUCAAGCUGGUGUGAACGCAUUGGAUAGCUUGACACUCACGUUGAACUCCACAGCUUUAAAUCAGUGAUUACUCUAGCUCUCUUUGGGUGGUGCUUUUGGUUUUCUCUAAUUGUCAAAAGAUAAUCCAUCACAUUCUGUAUAGUUUUGUAUGUAGAGAUAUCUCGAUCAAAUAGCUGAUAGCCUUUGACAUAAUCUAUAAUGUUUACUUGGCUUCUUUUCAAUAAGACAUACCACGCAAUCAAUCUCCAAUUUCGGUAUUAA